UCAAUUCUAAUCUUAAUCAUAUCACCAUUUGACUUCCAAGAAAUCAUGCAAUCGCUCCCCAUCUUCGUGAGAGUCACGAAGGGCAACCGCAAUGUGUGCAUAUAUAUAUAUAGAAGUGGAAAUGUCUCAUUUGAGAGGCUUGAGGUUAGAAAUUGAAGCUGCUGAGAGAAAGAAGGAAAGGCCCUCUAAUCAAGCAUUUUAGUGGCGGCGGUGGUGGUGGCAGCGGCAGCGAUGGCUUCUGAUUUGCUUCGUUCGUGGAGGCUGGGCCUCCUCUGCCUGCUGGUGGUCGUCGGGAGAUCCGCCAUGGCCGUGGCGGGCUCUUACAGCAGUUCGCCAGCAGGGUUUAAGCCGAGCGCUUGGUCCCUAGCCCAUGCCACCUUUUAUGGGGAUGAGACUGCCUCCGAGACAAUGGGGGGAGCUUGUGGAUAUGGAAACCUCUUCCAAAAUGGCUAUGGGACGGACACGGCCGCUUUGAGCUCUAAACUGUUCAACGAUGGCUACGCGUGUGGGCAGUGUUACCAGAUCAAGUGCGUCCAGUCGCCCUGGUGCUUCAAAGGGGUUGCGUUCACGACGGUGACGGCGACCAACCUCUGCCCGCCGAACUGGUCCCAGGACUCCAAUGCCGGUGGGUGGUGCAACCCCCCUCGAGCCCACUUCGACAUGUCCAAGCCCGCGUUCAUGAAGAUUGCUCAGUGGAAGGCCGGCAUCGUUCCCGUCAUGCAUAGGAGAGUCCCGUGCGUGGGGACCGGUGGGAUCCGGUUUCAAUUCCAAGGCAACGGGUACUGGCUCCUGGUGUACGUGAUGAACGUGGGAGGCGGUGGCGACAUCGCCGGCAUGUGGGUCAAGGGGAGCCGGACCGGGUGGAUCAACAUGAGCCACAACUGGGGCGCCUCGUACCAGGCCUUCGCCACGCUCGGCGGCCAGUCUCUCUCCUUCAAGCUCACCUCCUACACCACCAAGGAGACCCUCGUCGCCUACAACGUCGCCCCUCCCAACUGGAGCGUGGGCAUGACUUACAAGGCCAACGUUAACUUCCAUUGA